AUGCACUUGGGAGGAACCCGCCGCCGACCCUCAGUAGAACGAGAUCGAUCGCGAGUACUGGAUCGACGAUGCUACGAACCGGAAGGACUGCUUGUCCACCAGCGGAUAGCCCAUGACAAGGUUCGAAAACAUCUCUGCGAGAUUUGUGGCAAGCGCUACAUCAGUCCGGCAGGCCUGAGGAACCACCAAGCUGGUGUUCAUCGCAGAGAGAGGCCGUUCCCGUGUAGCGAGUGCCCUUCAGCGUUCCUCAAGCAGCAUUUCCUUGACACGCACAUUGCUACGGUGCACCGCAAGGAGAGGAAGUUUAUCUGCAAGGGCUGUGGCAAGGGCUUUGGGCGAAAGGCAGACAUGGAGGCGCAUUUCAAACGGCAGCACAGUCAAGCCUCGGCCCGCACAUGCGACGAGUGCGGUGAAAAAGUGAGCAGCCCUUCGGAGUUGGUUGCCCACAAGAAUCGCAAGCACAAUCCCGAGGCCAAGUAUAUGUGCGACGAGUGCGGUGCCCGGUUCAAGCGCCCACGUGACUUAAAGAACCACGAGAGCCGCCACUCGGACGCAAGGCCUUGGAAAUGCCAGUUCCCCGGCUGCACCAAGGACUACAAGACUAAAGACGAGUUGGGAAAUCACGCAAGGAAGAAGGGAGAGAAAAAGGCCCCUGGUGCUGUUUAUACUCCCAUCUUCCACCCAGAGUACUGCCGUGACCGAGUCCGCGCCGAUGACCUCACAAUGACCCCUGAGCAAUGUGCCGAUGUCUUGAUGACUGUCCUCAUCCAACCCGAGUACGGUGAUGGUAACAUCGUCGAGACUAUGCUGAUUGGAACUCGGGACAACCCUUCUGUUAAUGUCCGCGAGGUGCCCCUGGAGCUUCUUUAUCCCACUGUGGGACCUGUGGGACAGGACAACCAUUUGUUGGAGGAGGAAGAGAAGCUGGCCGAUCAGCUUGUCAAGCAAGGCAUGCGUAACUAA